GGGAGGCUGACUCCUGAGUUCUCACAACGCCUGACCAAUAAGAUUCGGGAGCUUCUUCAGCAAAUGGAGAGAGGCCUAAAGUCAGCAGACCCUCGGGAUGGCACUGGCUACACUGGCUGGGCAGGCAUUGCUGUGCUUUACUUGCAUCUCUAUGACGUGUUUGGAGACCCUGCCUACCUCCAGAUGGCACACGGCUACGCUAAGCAAAGUCUGAGCUGUUUGACCAAGCGUGCCAUCACCUUCCUUUGCGGGGAUGCGGGGCCCCUGGCAGUGGCCGCGGUGCUGUAUCACAGGAUGAACAAGGAGAAGCAGGUGGAGGACUGCGUCACCCGGCUUAUUCACCUGAAUAAGAUUGAUCCCCAUGCCAAUGAGAUGCUGUACGGACGAAUUGGCUACAUCUAUGCUCUUCUUUUUGUCAAUAAGAACUUUGGAAUGGAAAAGAUCCCGCAGAGUCACAUUCAGCAGAUUUGUGAAACAAUUUUAACCUCUGGAGAAAACCUAGCUAGAAAGAGAAACUUCACGGCAAAGUCUCCACUGAUGUAUGAAUGGUACCAGGAAUAUUAUGUGGGAGCUGCUCAUGGCCUGGCAGGAAUUUAUUAUUACCUGAUGCAGCCCAGUCUUCAAGUGAGUCAAAUGAAGUUACAUGGUUUGGUCAAGCCCAGUGUAGACUACGUGUGCCAGCUGAAGUUCCCUUCUGGCAAUUACCCUCCCUGUAUAGACGAUAAUCGAGACCUGCUUGUCCACUGGUGCCACGGCGCCCCUGGGGUCGUCUACAUGCUCAUCCAGGCUUACAAGGUGUUCAGAGAGGAAAAGUAUCUCUCUGAUGCCUGUCGGUGUGCCGAUGUGAUCUGGCAGUACGGGUUGCUGAAGAAGGGAUAUGGGCUGUGCCACGGCGCCGCUGGGAACGCCUACGCCUUUCUCGCACUCUACAACCUCACGCAGGAUGUGAAGUUCCUGUACCGGGCCUGCAAGUUUGCUGAAUGGUGUUUGGAGUAUGGAGAACAUGGAUGCAGAACACCGGACACCCCGUUCUCCCUUUUUGAAGGAAUGGCUGGAACAAUAUAUUUCCUGGCUGACCUGCUAGUCCCCACAAAAGCUAGGUUCCCUGCGUUUGAGCUGUAAAAGGAAAGCCUAUCUCCUGCUAGUCACCGCAUGACCUUUUCUGUAUAUUCAAACCUGGCUAAGUGCUUCUGUUGCUUUUCAAGGAAACUUGAGUCAAAACUGUGUGCUUGACUUUGUUAUUAUUUUCAGAGUUUAUGUUCAGUUCGGUUCCUUUUUUUAAACAUCUACUUUUAUGUUUUACUUUUUCCAAGGAAGUCUUUUAACUUGAAUUUUACUUUCUUCCUAAAGGGAGGGUGAGUGAUAAUAUGUACAGUAUUUUGAGGUCAAAUAUGUAUAUUUGAGAACUUGGAGGAAGUUGUAUUUUUGUUUAAGUUUAUAAAUAGAACCAUCUGUUACCGUGCUAAAAAGUUUAGGAAAGCUAUAGAUAAAAAUAAAUACAUGACUAUUGUUGGA